GUGCUUCCGGGUCUGCUUAGCAACUCCGAGAACGAGACGAAGAGGAAAAAAGCCUCACCACUUAAGACUCAGAGAUGCCUAAUGCAAAGUGUCCCUUAACUUUUUCCAUUAUUUCGAGACAGAACUGGUGAUCAGGAAGUGCAGACGACAUGCGCUCGGCCUUUAAACCAUGCCAUUCAAGAGUCAAACAUAAGUUGUUGGCCUCAAAAGCUAGUGUCCUUCCGCGGGCUCCGAGAACCGAGUCCUGGUCUUUUUAGAUCGGCUGCCAGGAGGGGGCGGGAUCUAGGGCGGAAGUUGUAACGCAGGGCUGAAGCUCGGCUGGUGAAGGGCGGAAGUAGAGUGUUCGGUUCUGCAAGCAUGGCUCAAGAAGAGGAAGAUGUCAGAGAUUACAAUUUGACGGAGGAGCAGAAAGCGACCAAGGCCAGGUACCCUCCGGUCAAUCGGAAGUACGAAUAUUUGGACCAUACAGCUGAUGUCCAGUUACACGCAUGGGGAGAUACACUGGAGGAAGCAUUUGAGCAGUGUGCAAUGGCCAUGUUUGGUUACAUGACAGAUACUGGGACUGUGGAACCACUCCACACAAUAGAAGUAGAAACUCAAGGAGAUGACUUACAGUCUCUUCUGUUUCACUUUUUGGAUGAGUGGCUUUAUAAGUUCAGUGCCGAUGAAUACUUCAUACCCCGGGAAGUGAAAGUACUUAAUAUUGAUCAAAGAAAUUUCAAAAUACGGUCAAUUGGGUGGGGAGAAGAAUUUUCACUGUCUAAGCACCCUCAGGGAACAGAAGUUAAAGCAAUAACAUACUCAGCAAUGCAAGUGUACAAUAAAGAGAAGCCAGAAGUCUUUGUGAUCAUUGACAUUUAAAAAUAACAAAAAGAAUAAAGGAAAGACUCCUAUGAAGAGCUGAUAGCUUUUCUUCCUUCUGAGAAGAUAUAAUGAUUUGAUUUCUAGAGUAUUUUUUUGCCAAGUGGAAACUUAGAGAAAAGAAAAUUUUAACUUCCAGUUUCACUUUCAGAAACAGAGAAUCAGCAUACAGCCUGAUAAUGUAUUCUUCAACUCUUGAGGAACCAUUUUGGUACCUUCUUUGUUAAUUCCCUGCUAUGCACCCUUCCGUGGAGCAGGAGCCCUCCUGCCUGGUCUCAGAAGGAAUUACUCAUUGCUACAAGCAGCAGUUGGGACUGAAUCCAAUUUGAAGUGGAGUAAGAAGCUGGGUGUGGUAGUACUACACGAUUAUGUCAUCCCAGCACUCAGGAUCCUGCGUUCACAGCUGACCUUGAGAUAUAGCAAGUCCCUGUCUUGAAAAGAAUACCUUGAAAAAAAUACACUUUUUUUGGUCUGAGCAUGGUGGUGCACAUCUUUAAUCCCAGCACUUUGGAGGCAGAGGUAGGAGGAUCACUGUGAGUUCAAGGCUACCCUGAGACUACAUA